CUUACGAUCGGUUGGUCUCAGUCGAGUCGUUGCCUUCACCUGACUGGGACGUGUUGCUCGCCUGCGCCCGUUCUUCGCGCCUCGUCGCUCCAGUCCUGUGCUGCCCACCGCCCUCCCGCAAGAUGGCCCAUAAGCAGAUCUACUACUCGGACAAGUACUUCGAUGAGCACUACGAGUACCGGCAUGUCAUGUUACCCAGAGAACUUUCCAAACAAGUACCCAAAACUCAUCUGAUGUCUGAAGAGGAGUGGAGGAGACUUGGUGCACAGAGUCUAGGCUGGGUUCAUUACAUGAUUCAUGAGCCAGAACCACACAUUCUUCUCUUUAGACGACCUCUUCCAAAAGAUCAACAAAAAUGAAGUAUAUCUGGGGAUCAUCAAUUAAAUCUUUUUCAAAUUUAAUGUAUAUGUGUAUAUAAGGUAGUAUUCAGUGAAUACUUGAAAAAUGUACAAAGUGUUCAUCCAUUCCUGUGCAUGAGCUGUAUUCUUCACAGCAACAAAGCUCAGUUAAGUGCAACUGCUAUUAGGUUACUGUAAGGUGUUUAAAAUUUCUUCUAGUCAGUUUUUCUUUUAAUGUAAGUGCCUGUUUGAC